CUAUAUUCCUCCUAUUUUGAAAUGUGUCAUUUUAACCUUUUUUUUGUUAAAAAGUAUUAUUUUAAAAUUAUAAUGCAGUUUUUAACUUAACAUUAAUUACAAAUGCAUUAAUUUUAUAAAUAAUUUAGUCAUUUCAAAUAUUAUGGGUCAAACAUAUGUAAUUAAUGAAAAAUUAAAUACAUUUAGUUAUUUUCUUAAUCUGUGUGAAAAUAGUCAAACUGACACUUUUUUGAAAUGAAAAAUUAUUUUGAAAUUUUGAAUUAGCUUUGAAUAGUUUACUUAAUAGUUGAAGUAAAGAGGGGAAAAUGUAUACUCGCUUAAGCAAAAACAAACUAUAUAAAGGAAGCGGUUGUUGAUCAAAGAAAAAAGGGAAGCGGUUUACAAAAUUCUCUUAGAAAAAGUAUAUGAUAUAUCAGUGUUAGUUGACAACGACAAAAAGUUCCAAAUAUCAUCUUUUAAGUUUAUUGAGAUUGGUAAACGUAUAAAGCAUUUAGACCGGAGAAAGAAAAACCGAAAACGAAGAAUAUUUCCUGGGUCAAACGGUCGAAGACAAAAUGAAAGACGAAGCUUGAAACAAGUGGGCUGUAGGUACGGCCCAGAAAAGGCAUGUGCUUUGGCCUUUCACCACCACACCGUCCGAACGAAGCAUUUGACGUCGGCAUGAACCAACACCGGACUCGUGAGAGAACGCGCUUUUGUACAGCACGGCUUCUCUCUCAACUUGACCUUCAAGCUCACCGAUUAGACAAAUAAUAAUAUUUCAUUUAAUGGUUUUACCUAUUUUUCAGCAGUUCAUUCUUAUACUAUUAGUUAUUAAUCACCGAACCAUAAUAUAAUAUUUAAUAUCAGUGUCUUAAUGUCUCCGUAUUUUAGGAAUGUUUGUAUUCUUUUUGUUUUAAGAAGUAAGUAGUACAGUAUAUGUUUUGGAAUUUUCAAAUCGAUAUAAAAUCAUUGUUUAAAGAAAUUUUAGGAAUUAGCAAUUUAACUAUCGUCUAAUAAAAAUACAUAGAAAACGUAAAAAUAUAAGUUAAUAACUUUUUUUAUGCAGCUUGUUUAACUAAAUAACACUAUCAUGCUAUAGUGCUAUAGAAUCCCCCCCCCCCCCCCCCCCCCCCCCCCCCUCCCCUCCCCGAGCUUAAACUUUACUUAAUUAGAUGUAGUCAAUUAGGUUCGUUUAAGUUUUGAUUAACAGUUAGCUGUUCAGUUACAUGUCGAUGCAAUUAAGUAUCACCCACAAGUUGCAAAAGUUUCAAUCCGUUUCAUAUAUCCAAUUCAUAUUGACCAGAAUCAUCAAAACCAAGUUUCCUUUCGUUAGUAUAGUUCAAGUUUAUGAUAUAAAGUUAUUUACUUUAUUUUAUAAUAUACUAUAUUUAAAACUUUAAAUGUGUAUGUUUUACAUUCACACGACCGAAACAGAGAGCAGCCGACUCUUUCAUUUGGCGGCGCUGAGCUAAGACAAGGGUUUUACACACAAUAAAAAUAUUUCUAUAUCUAUCAGCUUAAACCUUAUUCUUUGUCUUAAGAAAAGAACAUCUGAUAAAACUCUCUCGCUCUCUCUGCAGAGUUUUCUUUCCCUCUAAGAAAAAAAAUAAUAUUUUUCCUUUUCUUUUUUUAUUUGUGGGUUUAUAAGCUGCAAGUUUCAGACAAGGAUUAUAAGGAGAGAAUUGUAUGUGUGCCUUAAAAGUGGCAGAUCAGGAAGGUAACGUUGGUAAAAAAGCCGAGCCUACCACUCGUGAAGAUGAUGAUCACCGGACGUUAUCUGACAUCGAUCAAUGGCUUUACUCAUUUUCGGCGGAAGAUGACCACCUCCACCUUGAUAACUCCCUCACGCCUCCUUCCUCGUCUCUUAGUAUUAGCAGAGAGAAAGAGAUGUCUGCAAUCGUCUCUGCUUUGACCCAUGUCGUCGCUGGAAAUGUUCCUACUCGUCAAUACGGUGGAGAAGGGACGUCGAAUUCUUCUUCUUCCUCCGGGCAGAAAAGAAGAAGAGAGUUGGAGGAAGGUGGCGGCGGUGGCAAAGACGUUAAGGCAGCUAAUACUUUGACGGUUGAUCAAUAUUUCGCAGGCGGUAGUUCUAGUUCCAGAGUGGGAGAAGCUUCGAGCAACAUGUCAGGUUCAGUCCCAACAUAUGAAUACACAACAACACCAAAUGCGAAUACCGAAACGUCAUUGUUAAGUGGGGACGGACCUCAAAGAAGAUACAGAGGAGUGAGACAAAGACCGUGGGGGAAAUGGGCGGCUGAGAUUCGAGAUCCUUUCAAAGCGGCUAGAGUUUGGCUCGGUACAUUUGACAGUGCUGAAUCAGCUGCAAGAGCUUAUGACGAAGCUGCUCUUCGGUUUAGAGGCAACAAAGCCAAACUAAACUUCCCUGAAAACGUUAAACUAGUUCGACCCGCUUCAACCACUCCAACACUAUCUGUACCGCAAACAGCUGUUCAGAGACCAACACAGUUAAGAAACUCGGGUUCUACAAGUACCAUUUUGCCCGUAAGACAUGCUUCCGAUCAAAACGUUCAUUCUCAGCUGCUGAUGCAAUCUUACAACUUCAGUUACUUGGAGUUGGCUCAUCACCAACAACAAUUUCAGCAUCAACAACAAUCUUUAUAUGAUCAAGUGUCAUUUCCAUUGCGUUUUGGCCACACCGGAGGCUCAACGAUGCAAUCUACAUCAACUUCUUUGUCUCGUUCUAUGUUUUCUCCAGCAGCAGUUCAACCAAAGCCAGAAUCAGCCAGCGAAACUGGUCAUCUAUUUGAUCUACAGUCAUUAGGCAAAGCUAGUAAUAAUAAUAACAACUAUAAUAAUAGCCCAUCCUCUUAAUUGAAUGGUUCAUUUCUUGUUUUUCUUUUACUAUAGUGUUUUGUUACAGAAAACAGAAAAAAUAUUAUAGUAUUUAGAAUUUUGUAUUGUUUUUCUUCCUUUUUCAGUGGUUAUCAUAAUUUUGUAUAAUAAUCUCUUGUAAGAAAGAAAAUUACUUCAUAUGUUUCAUAAAAAAAUGUUAACUUUAAUUAUUUUUUUCUGCCCAAAAAGUGUUAUUUUAAAAUUUUAAAGCAAUUUAUAUUUAAUUUUAGCUUAAUAUUAAAAUACAUGGAUCAUAUAAAUAAAUCUAUUAUCUCAAAUAUUAUUGUAAAUUGUAUGUUUCCUUAUAUGUAAAUUAUCAAUGCGCGAUUAGCGGAACCAUCUGAAGGAGGACACAAGCGAGGUGCUGUUGGGGGUUAUACCCCUCUCCCUUUAGUGGACCACACUAGGUGUAUCAGUGUUGAUGGAUGAGUUGAAAUUCCCAUAUGUUUUUUUUACCAAAAGAUGUUAUUGGAACUUGAUUUUAUAUCUUUGUUUACACUAUAGUGACGUUAUCGUAUUAUUGCCUACCAGCUAUAAAGCCUUUAAAAACAUUAUCCUUGGUUCACGAUUGUUGUCAUGUUUUUUAUUCUUGCAUUCUCCAUUACUUGCUUAGCUAAGUCUUUUGUUGAGAUGUAAACCCUAAAUCGGAAGAAAAGGAAAGUCGUUUAAUUUCAUUUCUUCUUUACUCGUAAGUAUCUUGAUCCAUAUCCGCUGCUGCUUAUCUCCAUCAAUUUUGAGUAUUGAUUCAUUAGAAGAAGGUGAAGAAGCUGCGUUGAUUUUGAUUAGUCUCUGUUCGGUGGUGAUUGGAUCAUAAAGGUCUUCCCAUUCUAGGGUUGAGAGGUUGAUAUGAGUGUUUCUGGAAGCUCUUUCUUCUGGGUUUUGAUUGGAAUCGGAGGAACUUGAUUGGACCGUGUUAGUUUUGUUUGGUUAAAGAUGAAGUUUUGGAGGGAACGUGAAAGGGAAAAUAAAGGAGAGCAGAUCUUAGCUCCAUUAUGUGGCCAAGUUCGAGUCUUGGUGAUUCAGGUAGAUUUGUUAGCUUAUGUGGAAUCAAUCACAAGUUAGUAGCUUUAUAAUAAUACUUUCUCUAGUUUUGAUGAAUUAAGGUUUCAUAGGAUGUUUCCUGGUAAUGCCGGUCUCAUAGCGGUAAAGUACUAAUCACUAGUUUCCGUUUAUAGUAUUGGUAAGUAGACUAACCAAUACUAAUCAUAGCGGUAGUGUUUCCGUUAACGGCACAGUUCAUUUUUUGUUAUUGAUCCGCAGAUCCCUGCCUCGUUUUGAGUCAGAAGGGAAUCAGCAACUGUAACCAACCAAAGCCAAAGAAAAUUUUAGUAGCCACGAGCUUGAGUCUUACACCAAGAGCUAUGGCUUAUGCUGCCCGGUGAAGGUUGAGCCAGCCAAGACAUCUGCAGCUUCAAAGCCACAGAGCAUUGUUGAUUCUUACACAGCCUCCUUAGAGGAUAUGACAGCUCAAGGAGCACUUGACGUGAGCGUGACGGGUAAUCUUUGGGACUUAUGGCCUUAGAAACAAAGUUAUUUUUGUGUGUAAUGCUAUAUGCCUAUAUCAAUUUAAGUGGGAGAUUUUGAUAAUGACUUUAGUGGAAGAAUUCAAGUAGGACUAUUAUUGUAUGAAUAUUAAGUGAUAAAGUUAUUUUUAGUCAAAUUUGUGGAUUGUUCAAGAAUGAUUUCUGAUCGAUCCCAAAUAUUUUUCUGGUUAUCGCCUAAUAAUUUUUUUUUCUAGAGAAGUUUGGUAACUUGUUUUAGCUGUAAAUUAUGACAUAUGUAAUAUUUAUAUUGAUUACUACAUUUCAUUUCAUGUCUUGCGAAAAUAGUAUGAAAGAUAAGUUGUACGGAUAAGUUCAUAUAUGAAAU